AUGGAACAUCAAGAGAGACAUGACCAUCUAAAAGGAAGAAAGAAGGAUUCUAUAGAGCAAUUUAUUGGCUGCUCACAGCUAUUUCUCGACAAUAGUUUGUCGCAGCUCCGUUAUACGAUUUUAAUCGAAGGCUUAUCAAUACCUGAAGGUUAUGACCAAUGUCCAUAUAGGUCUUAUGUGUGGUCAAUAUUGAGUCGAACUCCGACAUUUCCAACGAAGGAUUAUGUGAGCUUGCUAGCUGAACUGGAACAAACUAUUUCAGCAGAACUAUUGACUAAAAUCAAAAAUGAUACUUUUAGAACACUAAUGAAUGAUCAAAAAUUCCAUCAAAAAGUUUCAGAAGACCUGCUUAUUCGAAUAUUGUCAUGUAUUGGAAUUACCACAAAAGUUGGCUAUGUUCAAGGUCUAAACGUUUUGCUUGCGCCUAUUGCAUAUUGUUGCCAUAAAAGCGAACCUCAAGCAUUUGCUUUGCUUCACACAUUGGUUACAGUCCAUAUACCCUUGUAUAUAACGCCCAAUUUGGAUGGUGUUCACACGGGGUUGAGCUUGGUUGACGUUGUUUUGAAAAUUAUUGACCCCGUCUUGAGUGAUUUCCUAGAUUCAAAAUUCUUGAAACCUGAAAUCUUUGCUUUCCCAUCAGUCCUCACCUUAAGCGCAUGUACUCCUCCACUAAAAGCCGUGCUCAAAUUGUGGGAUUUUUUAUUCGCUUAUGGAUUUCAUAUGAAUAUAUUGUUCAUAGUGGCACAAUUGAUCAUUAGUCGAUCAUCUAUACUUCAAUCACAACAACCAAUGAAAAUAUUAAGAAGUUUUCCCAAUUUAGAAGAAAACGAAAUUAUCAAACUAAGCUUGAGUUUUAUUCCUGAACUACCGAAAAAAUUGUAUGAACUUAUUGCGAGACAUGGAUUCGACAAGACUGUCCCAGGUAAAUUAAAGUUAUUCUUGAAUGAAAAUCCAAUAUAG